UUAUGUGAUGAUGAUGCCGUUCAAGCGUCAGGCCCUGGUGGAGUUCUCUGCAGUGGAGAGCGCUGACCGCUGUGUGUCCUGUGGAGCCAAGGAGCCAGUGUACAUCGCAGGUCAGCAGGCGUACUUUAAUUACUCCACAUCCAAGAGAAUCACAAGGCCCACCAACGCUGACAACCCCAACAGUGGCAACAAGGUCCUGCUGCUGUCCAUACAGAACCCCCUGUACCCCAUCACCACGGAUGUUCUGUACACAGUGUGUAACCCCAUCGGCAGUGUGCUGAGGAUCGUCAUCUUUAAACGAAAUGGAAUCCAGGCCAUGGUGGAGUUUGAGUCAGUUCAGUGUGCUCAGAAGGCCAAAGCUGCUCUGAACGGAGCUGACAUCUAUGCUGGCUGCUGUACACUCAAGAUUGAAUAUGCAAGGCCAACACGUCUGAACGUGAUUACGAAUGACAACGAGAGCUGGGACUACACCAAACCCUACCUGGUCAGGCGAGACCGUGGAAAGGGAAGGCAGAGACAGGCCAUUUUAGGAGAACACCCCUCGUCCUACAGUGAUAACGGCUAUGGCCCCCCCUGCCCCCUGCUGCCUCUGCCUGGCAGCAGCAGGUACAAGAUGAGCUCGGUGGAUGUCCCAGACAUGGUGUCCUACCCUCUGCCACAGUCCUCCUCCUCCUACUCUGGACACACCCCCAGCUCUGUUGCCAUGGUAAGCGGCCUCCAUUCAUCCAAGAUGAACUGCACCCGCAUCUUCAACCUCUUCUGCCUCUACGGAAACAUCGAGAAGGUGAAGUUCAUGAAGAGUGUUCCUGGCACAGCGUUGGUGGAGAUGGGAGAUGAGUAUGCUGUGGACAGAGCCAUCACACACCUCAACUCCAUCAAGGUGUUUGGCAAGAGACUCAAUGUCUGUGUGUCUAAGCAGCACGCAGUGAUCCCCAGUCAGGUGUUUGAGUUGGAGGACGGCAGCAGCAGCUACAAGGACUUUGCCAUGACCAGGAAUAACCGCUUCAGCAGCGCGGGGCAGGCGUCCAAAAACAUCAUCCAGCCUCCGUCUGCAGUGCUGCACUACUACAACGUCCCUCCAUGCAUAUCGCAGGACCACCUACUGAGGCUGUGUACGGAGCAUGACGUGCCAGGAUUUGUCAAAUUCAAGAUGUUUGAUGCCAAACCCUCCUCGAAGACCAUCUCUGGCCUGCUGGAGUUUGACAGUAAGACGGAGGCUGUGGAGGUUCUUACUGUUCUCAACCACUAUCAGAUCCGGAUCCCCAAUGGAUCCAACCCAUACACCCUGAAACUGUGCUUCUCCACUUCAUCUCAUCUAUAAAAUAAGAAGAGGCUUCUGAUGCUGGCUGACCUCUGACCUCAGAGAGGGGGGUGGAGCCUGAGACACACCCAGAUGUGGAGGAUCAAACGAAACACAGACUGAGAGAGAUGUGGCCUUUAGGAGAUAAGAUGAGUGGUGGACACUGUCACACCAAACACACACACUCAUCCCCCGACCAAUCAGAGCAUAGCAUGCUACUCUAGAAAGUGGUGCAGUGUUUCUGUAGGCCAACCCAGAAGUUAGCCUCGCAAGGGCUCCCUCAACAAAAAGACAAUGGGAUGUCUCCAUAUGAUUGCAGAAGAUAAUCUCUGUCAGACAAACAGUCAUGAUACUUAGAAGUUCUGUUCAGCAGGAUCAUCUCCACAUAUUAACACCACUUUAUGAUAUUUGUCGUGUAAAUGUUAUUGACAGAAGUAAAACGUUUUUGGCUAUAAAGGAACUACAUCACAGUCACAUGAAUGCCCGUCACCACCGCUAAGAUAAAGGCAGACUCCGCAUGAUAAUGUUUAGGUUUAUUUAGUCUCUUGUUAGCUACCGCUGUUUUUAAGACGCAUAGAAGCUGAAGUAUCGUAAUUACAGACUUAAUUUAUAUCUUUGAAUAAAACAAGAACAUCUCUAAAGCUUGUGUAACCACAGAUAUGAUUUCAGGCUUCUAAAUAAAAACAUGUCCUAUGAACCUUUGACUUGGAGACGAGGGAACUGGAAGUGGAAAAUGCUAAGUCAUGUUUUAGGACUCAUUCCUGAACCACUCUAUAAUGUCUAACUCACUCACUCUAGGAAGUUUUUGUUCCAAACCUAAGUCCAGUUAAUUUGGUAAAGGUGGUGACUGAAACAAUAUUGUAAUAUUUAAAAACAGAUAAAUAUGGUGUGUUGUUUUAAAUUGUAAAUAAAGUAAAUGUGGCUUUGAUUUGAAUACAAGUUCUCAUGUUGGCUUCAUUAGUGCCAUUUAAGGACAGAGGUGUCAGUCCACUGUCUGUUAGAGCCCGGAGUGGUGUGUACUGUUAACGAAUGACCUUUCACGUACGUAGGAGACUUGUUGUGAUGUUUUUAUUUAUAGCUCCACAGUCCCACCAUCCCAAGUAUAAGAAAACAUUAGAAGUAUCAAAUUCAAAUGAGCAGAUGAGAUUUACUGAGCAGAGUUCAUUCUUGUUACUGGGUAACUUGUUAACAUUUUGGGCACUGAGAUCUUCCCUUCAGUGCCACCUCAGGCCAGAAUAUCAUGGAGGAAUCCUUUUCAUUUCAAACCUUUAUUUAACCAGGUGGUCCCAUUGAGAUCAUCCAUCUCUUUUUCAAGGGAGACCUUUUAGUUUUAAAGCUUCUAUGAACUUUUCUCUAGCACCCUCCUUUAGACAGGUGUUACUGGUGAAGCUCUACAGUAGGAAUAGCAAAGUUAUUCAUGUGCUUAUGUCAUGUCUUUACAACUUUGGGGUGUAAUGAAAGCAGGAUUUCAGACUUUGAUGGUUCUACUUUGAAAGCAUUACGUGUUAUAAAUGGAAUGAUUUCAAGCCAGUUAUUGCACACACGGCAGAGCUAGUGAGAAAUGAUGAGCUGCAAAGGUAUCAACAAGUAAAAUACUUUAUCUCAGUUAACAUAUUGCUGUUUUAAAUCUGGUAUUGUCACAUUUAAGAUACUGGUAAUUUGAUUAUUACCAGUCAUUACUGUUAAGAUACUGUUGAUGGGUAUGUGUUUAGUAUAAAGCCUGAACACAUCAGAAUCUGAGCAUGAGCUCAGUUGGAUUUCCUAUCCCAGCAUUGAUCAAAUGAUUAUGUGUUGAGCCUUAAACCAGCUCGAGCAUGGACAUGAGAGCACAGUUGUUGCUAGAUGCUUUGGAGAUGCUUUGGCUAGCAACGUUGGACCUGACGCAUCCAUUCAGUCUGAUUGUUGCCGAAAGGUCCCACCUUUUGUUUUAGUUCCUUAAUGUGUAUUUUCUCUUGCAACAUAGUGAAAGAUCAUGCCGUCAGAGGAAACUCAUGGAAUACAUUUGUUAAGAUGAUGAGAAAGGCAGGAUUGUUGAAUUUGUAAGGACUUAUUUGGUUGAAUUUGACACACCCACUAUUGCAGCAUGAAGUCACCUCUGAACACACUGCUCUCUAACAAGGGGCAGUUCUCAUGUUCAGGGGCCAUUUCCUGCAGGUCUACUGUGCUAAGCACCACAGUGGAGUCAGGCUGCAACCAAACACACCAAGUUUUAAAAAGAGGACAUCUAUUAAACACAUGCACUACUUCUUAAAAUGGAGAAAACAACCACUGUAAGGGCAGUUUGUCAAAGAACAAGGAAGUAGCUUUUCCAUGAAACACACAACUUGCUUAGGAACCGGCUGAUCUUUGAUAUGUGUACAUUCAACCUUUUAGUAACUUAAAAGUUUCACCUCUGUGCUUGUGUUCAUUUCAGAAACAAAUAUGUACCUAUUUUCACUGCACAUGGAAAUCUUCUGUAAUGACGUCAUAUUAAUGGCUGUUUUGCUUUGUUAUUUUAAGAAGCAUAUUCUUUUUUAUCCUGCAAUAUGUUAUUUUUCAAAUCUAAUGUUGAUGCAAGAUUUGUUGAUGUGUUUUGCAUAAAACAUGUGAAUUAGUAAGCUACCUUAAAUCACAGUGGAUGAUCGGACACGCAUAGCAGAGCAGUUUGUUCCAUCCUGUACUGCAGAUUUGACUGCUCCAAGCUUUUCUUGAAUAAUUGUGAAUGAAGCCAUGCGUUCUGUAUGUAAUGUGUAAAUAAGGAAGGGUUGUGAAAGGUUCUCAUCAGAUGAAUCCUACUUUGUUUGCAGUUAGAGUCAUUUUGAUGUUGUUUUUACGUCUCUUACAGAACUUGAAUCUAACUGUAUUUCAAAAGUUUUGUUUGUUCUUUUUGAAGUAUUUUGAAGCCUUUAAUGUGGUUUGAUAAAGCUGAUGUGAGGACUGACAGUAUGAGACAGAUCAGCAGGUUUCUCAUGGUUCUGACUCUGUAAAGAUGUAAUGUUGUUAACUGUCUGUAAUCACUAACAGAACACUCAGAACACUUAAUCUAAGAAUCUCUGUGGUUGUAAUUUAUAUGUACAUGUUGAAAUGGAAUAAAUUCAGGUUUGGAGCUGUGAGGUCCAGCUUCACACAGCUCAUCGCA